AUGGAGAUUUGUGCUCACUUUCAUCUCGUCCCAUGUCAAAAAUUUUCUCCAUCGUCCGGUGCACCAACGCCACCGGCGACAACGAUCGCGUUGAAAGGGAAGUUGAAAAAUAAGGUACGAUCAUUGGAGGAACACCACAUUACGGGUUUUGCCAUACGAACAGCGUGUAUUCCGGUUAGGUUGCAUCCACAUGAGACUGUAAAACCGGUUUAUGUAUCUAGAGACUCAGGAUUGUCGUCUUUUGCCAGACAUCGCAGCUUUGCUGCUGCUCAAAAUGACCGCGGAAAGCGAAAACAUCGAGGCGAAUCUGAGGUGUCCGUUUACUCGAAACGGACGGAGCCUACGCUUUGCGAAUUAACCAUUGACCGUUUGCAUGAAUCAAGAAGCGACGCCAGGACAUUUCAUAUGAAACCUCCACUGCGUGGCUGCAUCGAGGCGAUUCUUUUGAAAAUCAAGCAUUCCGUCGCGGAACACCGCAAAUGA